CUUGACACUGACAGUUGUGUAAACUUUUUUCUUGUAAAUAAACAAGAAUCACAUCAAAAAAUGUAAUAAAUACGUCCUAAAAAUGUUUUUAUUGGCGCUCUUAUUGGCAUUUUAUUCCGUUCGGUUGGAUGCUUUCGAGCUAUGUAGACGAUAUGAAACCGUUUAUUGUGGACAGAAAAUCCAAGAUAGUAAUGCUAUUUGUAAUGUAACAGUCAGGAACUCUACAGAAAAUUGUGAACAAUUUGUUCCUGCAGGGAGCGAUUUUUUGGCGAAUAACAUUGGAGAUGUCUUUCUAACUCUGAAACCCGAAGAACGUUAUAUGAAAUUAUUUUUAGGUUUCGUUUUAGUACCACAAUGGAAAAGUGUACAAGUGAAAGUAUCAAAUUUUGAGAAACCAAACAAUUGUCAGGCUGUUACCGUUUCCAGAAAUGAUAACUUCAAGGAUAAUUUAUUGAACUACGGAUGUGUAUUAGAUGAUGAAGUCGAUCCUAACUCAUCCUUUUUGUUAGAAGUUUAUUCUGAAAACGGAAGUCAAUUUUCCCAGAAAAAAAUCAUGUUUUCUUUACCAGAUUUAUUCAGAUUCAGAGAUGCUUCAGCAGACGCUCCUAGAUACAUUUUCUCCUACGUGGACUUUACGAAUCCCGCCAAGUUAACGUUGAAAUUUCAACCGCUGGAUUUGAAAUACCACGUUACCCAUUACAAAAUCGAGGUGUUCCGGCAAAGGGAAACCCACGCCGUCAUGGUGGACGUUAGAUUGAUUUACGCAAAGAACGUCGAACAGAUCCUAAGUUUCGAUUACAAUACAUACAGCGAGGAAGGCUAUUAUUAUUUCGCUUUAUCCGAAAUCGGGAAAUACUGCUCGGAAGACAUGUGCUAUAAAACAUUGACGCCGAAGGUGCACAUUUCUCGUAAAGGCAGACCGCUUGUAAUAGGAAUAGUAGGUGCGAGCUUUUUAAUUCCGUUUAUCUUGUUCAUGUUCUACUGGUGGAACUACAAAUACAGAAAUCAAGGUUUGUUUGUUUCCGAUCCGAUUCAUAAGGCUCUAGUAAUAUUUAAACCGUCAUUCGACAAGCACAACGAGGUAGUUUCAGCUUUGAUCAAUUCCAUAGAGGACUUGUCCGAUCCGCCGGUGCUGGUCGAUCGAAUUAACCUCACUAAGGUCAAAGAGAAAACCGUGGAGAAAUUUUGCAGCGAUAAUUUAAUAUUGGCUACUCAUAUCAUUUACGUGAACCCACCGUCUACCGACGCGGAAUCAACCAGCUUGGACUACAUGACGUUCAAUUUCUUGAAGCAGGAAACCAAAAAGGCCACCGCCGAGAGGAAGUUGAUCGUCGUACGAUUGCCGUACUCCAGGAUCGAUUCCCCGUCGAUUCUGUCGUCGGCUUCGCGUUUCGAGCUUAUCAAAGAUUUCCAAGGGUUCAUCAAAAAUUUCUCCACCCUUCAGCCACCCGAUUUCUGCAAGAAUGGCGCUUUCGUCGAAUUGGAGAAGAAGAUCGAGGCCGCUCGAAUCGAGAACGAAAAUUUGAUGUCGAUUCCCGAGAUUGUGGUAACGACCGAUAACGAGGAACCCAAGGAAGUGGACGAAUUGAUCGGUGGUUAAAAAAUUCUAUUUGUUAAGACUGAUAUUAUUUUAUAGUUUUGUUGAUUUUUUUGAUAAAUGGUAUAUUUGUAAAUGUAUUAAUAAAUGUAUCAAGGAUA